CUUACGCUCACUACACUUCAGACCGCUUUAUAGGAACAAUUUAAUAAGUUUCCUCACUAAGUUACAACAACGCUUACAAUAACGGUUUUAACACAGGCUGGUGGGUUCAUUCUUUAUAUCUGAGACAGUUUCACCAGCUUCAAAUGGGUUGAAAAGAGAGAAUUUAGCAUUAGAAGCGGAAUAACGGUGCUUAGAUGCUAACAUGGCUAACAGCAACAGGUUCGGGGAUUGUGAUGCUAGCGGCUAACGCGUUUAUCACGGGAGUAAACAAACAUGGAGUGUGCAAACCUGGCCAAAUACUCGUGGGUGGACUUGGCCUUCUCUGUGAUCGGAGUGUGUACCUUUCUGGUGGAUUGGGGCUCGGAUAUCUGGGUGGCUACGGAGUUUUAUUGCCGGGGGGACGUGCUGUGGUUCGCGGUGUUGGUGGGACUCAUGGCGCUGUCCUCCGUGGUGGUCCAAAUGUUCAGCUGGUUCUGGUUCCAGUACGACCGGGAGUUCAGCGGGCCCGGGGGAGACGCUCCGGCCGGGGGCAGCGUGCUGAUGUUCGGGGACAGAGUCAAGUUAUCCUGCCUGCUCCAUGUGCUGCAGCUCGGAUUCCUCUGCAGGCACUUCUGGGUGAUCUGGCAGGGCUUCCGGGUGUGGUGGCGGAGGGAGGAGGGGUCAGAUUACGCGGUGUAUUUGACCCAUGACCUCAGCAUGCUGCGACUCAUCGAGACGUUCUGUGAGAGCGCCCCCCAGCUGACACUCAUGAUAUACGUCAUGCUGCAGACCAACAAGGCCCGCACUGUGCAGUUCGUGAGCAUCGCCGCCUCCACCACGUCCAUGGCCUGGAUGGUCGUCGAUUACCACCGCUCCCUCCGCUCCUUCGUCCCCGACAAAGCCAAACAAACCUGGUCUUCCUCUCUGGUCUACUUCCUGUGGAACCUCCUGCUCAUCUCUCCGCGCGUCGCAUCCCUCGCCCUCUUCUCCUCCGUCCUCUCCUCUUUCAUCGCUCUGCAUUUCGCUCUGUUAUGGGUGGUUUUCGUGGCAUGGGUUUGGAGACAGAAGACGGAUUUCAUGGACAGUCGCGCCGGAGAGUGGCUGUACCGCGCCACCGUCGGGCUCAUCUGGUACUUCAGCUGGUUUAACGUCACGGAAGGAAGAACGCGAGGCAGAAGUGUCAUUUACCACUCGUUCAUCACCGUUGACUGCGUGAUUCUUCUCACAACGUGGUGGCUUUACAGAGACCCCAUCGAGAGCCAGUCGUAUUCUCUGGGUUUGAUCAUCUCCCUCCCCCUCGUUUACAUUUCCGGAUUGCUGCUUAAAACUUUGUACUAUUGCUGCUUCCAUCCAAAGCUGUGGAGGCCUCCGCAGAGAGACCCAGGGCUCCCGAACGACUUGCCCGAUUCAGAGGUGACGUUUCGGGACAUGUCGGCGCAGGACAGAACCCUUUCUCAGCCGCUGGUCAAUAAACGCAUGGCUCUGCUAGCGAACAACUUUUACUCUGAGAGGAGAGAGCUGGAGAGGGCCACCACCAGGAAGAAAACUGAAUCUCACAUUUAGAGGCAGAUGGGAAAUAAUGUCAACUGAAGGAUCACAUAUCUGAUACAGUUUUUGUUUUUUGUUGGUGCCAAAUACUAUACGUUUCAUUUUAUUCUAAGCUUUCAUUUGACCAUGAACAUUUAAAGGUCUUAUAUUACACAAAAUGGACUCUUGUGAACUAUUAGCCACGUUAGAAUGUUGUUACCUCCUCAAAAACAGAGCCAGAGUUGUGUUUUGAUUCAUUCACACAUGUUUGAAUAAUUCUGGUUUAUUAGUCUGUCCACAUCUCCAAAGCUCAAAACGCUCUGUUCCACCUUGUGAUGUAAUGAAGUCGUUUUCAAGUUAAGUCAAGGUACUUUUUACCUUUUGUUCAUUAGAGAUUGGCAACAGAGUCCUGCAUGGGUCCAUGUUUGGAGACCCACACCCGCCCAGACCCACGCAGUACAGCACCACACCCGCCCAUUAACCCUUGAUUCUAUAUUAAAGUUAAAUCUGUACCCGCUCGGAUGUAUUAAGAUUCCUCCUGUUAUCCUCCUGUGCCCGUGAUGAAUCACCGCUCGCAAACUUUACUUUUCUCUCGCCCAUCAUGCCGAUGCUCCUCAAAGCAGGAAUGCUGCUGGAGAAAUUGCCCCGCUCGCUAUUAAGUGACGUAGGCUGUAGCUUUAAUAUGUAGAGGACUGAACACACUGUAAUUAUUUAUUUAUUUGGUUUAUUUAACAGGGACAGUGUACAUUAUUCAACAUUUCUGUAAAUGUACCAGAAUUGGCCAGAGAGACUGUUUUUCAUCUGUAGUCCCUGGACAGAUGUAAACAUGGUCAUCCUAACAACACAACAAUAAGAAUUAUACAAAAAAGUCUAAUAAUUACCACAAUUUGUACAUAAUAGUUUAAUAUAUAUAUAUGUGUGUAUAAUAUAUAUUUGAUUCACCUGACCCGCCUGUGUGUAAUCACUACUCACCCACAUACCUGCCCGUAAAAUUCCAGAAAACCCGCCCAUUUCAGUAACUGUUUGCAGGUACCUGACCCAGUGCAGGACUCUGACAAUUCCAGUUUUGAAAUCAUCCAGAUGAUUCUAGUGAAGGCGUCUGGACUUCAAAAACGAGUCAUUUGGUAAUACUUCCUGUAUUAGCUUGUGACAUCAUAAAGUGGAAUAGUGUUUUCUGUUUGAGAGAAGAACUCGGCGUAAAUCUGCAGGGUUUGUGUGUUAAACGUGUGAUUGAAACAAAACACAACUCCAACUGUGUGUGUGAUGAGGAAACAACAUUAUAUCAGAUCAGAAAAUGGCGUAAUAUGGACCCUUUAAAGUCCACGGGUCAGUCGGUUAUAGAAGUGACCACACAAGACACAAGAUCUUGGAGUUUCAUAUGCCAAACUCUUAUUUAUUUAACGGUUUUCAUUUUAUUAUGAGCUUUUCAUGAAUAUUUAAUGUACAUGGUUGAUGACUAUACAAGUUUCGGGAGAUUCAAGAGGGAAAUUUUAGCUCUACUUUAAAAUGAAGUAAUGUUAUGAAAAUGUGGUGAAGACAAAGUAUAAAAUCUUUACUUUGCACACCUAAAAAGUACUAUUACUAUUUUACACCAAGUCUAAGCAAGCAGUGUACAAACUGUAAACGAUAUAUAAACGGUGUAUUCAAUAUAUAAACUCAAAACACAUAAAUCACAUGGUAUACAUCUAUUUCUGUUACAGCAGCUCCCUCAUGUGGUGUUUUUGCAUAUUACAUUACAGCUUUACCUCGUAGCCUUAAAUCACUAUAGCAGUACUUAGAAGUAUUACAGUAUACCUCAACAAGGGCUCACACUAUUUUCAUUUAUAUUUCAACGCAUGCAAAUAUCGUUCGAUGUUUUUUGGUUUAUAUUUUUAAUCUGUUAUUUUGUUGACAAGAAUAAGCACAAACUUCAGCAAAAAAAAUGUACUUUCAUUCAACAACAUUUUUAUACUUUUAAAACCAGAAGCUAUAAUGGCCAUUUUGAUACAUUUUUACGAAGUUUGGUCGAAAAUGUUACAAUCAAACAUGGGGCAUUUUUGGCUUUUAAAAUCAGGGAGAGUUUUGCUGUUGUAAGACUUUGAAUGUAGAUAGAUUUGAGUCUGUGGGUCUGAGUCUUGGACAUCAGGGCUGCACAAUAUAAAGAACUUUUUACAAUAUUAAUAUGUGACUUGAAUGCAGUGUUAUCUGUUUUAUUUGUUAUACUACAGAGCACGUUAAAUGUUUUGAGUAGAACCAACACUACAAAGACACGACAAAGACUGAAGCGAUAUGAAAACACCUCACUUGUUCUUGUGAAUCUCUUUUUAAAGGGAACUUUGAAAUAAUUGGAUGUGAAACAAAAGCAGAAUAAUAAUAAUCCAUUGAAGUUGGAUGGUUAUUGUGUUUUCUGUAACUAUGAAACCAGGAUGAAACCAGGAUUAAACUAGAACUAGACCAGGACUGGACGAGGACUAAACCAGGACUAGGCGAGGACUAAACCAGGACUAGACCAGGAUUAAACCAGGACCACACCGGGACUAGAUCAGCACUAGACCAGGACUAGACCUGGACCAGAUCAGCACUAGACCAGGAUUAGACCUGGACCAGAUCAGGACUAGACCUGGACAAAACCAGGACUAAACCAAGACUAAACCCGGAUUUGACCAUGACUAAACCAGGACUAAACCACGACUAGACCAGGAAUAAACCAGCACUAAACUAGGACUAAACUAAGACUAAACCAGGACUAAACUAGGAUCAUACCAGGACUAAACCAAGACAAAAGCAGGACUAAACCAAGACUAAACCAGGACUAAACCCGGAUUUGACCAUGACUAAAAAAGGACAAAACCAGCACUAAACCUGGAUUUGACCAGGACUAAACUAGGACUAGGUCAGGACUAUUGCAUCACAUUUUCAGUGUUUUGUGUUUGAUUUUCAACACGUAUUGAUUGUUUGUUUUAGUCGAGUGCCUUUGUUUUACUCUGUGGACGGUGACUUUACAUAGAUCUUAUGUAAUAUCUAUAUUUUAAAGCUGGCAAUCUCUUGACCACCUGAAGAUUUUACCAGAAGAAUCCAAAUUUAAACAAAAUUGCUCAAAGAUGUUGACUUUUCGGUUGUAAUCAUAUUUUUUGUAAGUUAUUUCAGCUGUUACAGUUAUCACCAUUUGGUUCUUGUUUUAUUGACAAACAACUUUUUUCUUCAAACUCAAAUAAAGCUGUCGACGUA